AUCAAUAAUAUACAUCAUGAUGUCUACUGCAUUUGUUUCAUACGUCGUUAAGAAUUUGUUUUUUGUCAUCAUCGAAUUAAAUCUUGUUACAAUUUUAAUCGUUAAAUUGACGAACGCUUAACAAUAUAUGCUCUGCUUAAAAUUGUUAAAAUUUAAUAUGAUAUAUAGAUUAACACAAAUAUCUUGAAAUUAUACAAAAAUCUACAAAGACUAAAUAGAAAGAUUCAAUAUAAAAAUGGAUGGACCUGGAUUGGGAUAUUCAUAUCAUCUUCCUUCUGCAGGAUGGAAUUUUCGAGUUAGAAAUGUACUUGCACAAUUCAGUGAUCUCUUUAGUGAAUUUAAUAAGUAUAUUGCCCCUGCUUAUCAUCAUGAUCGAUGUGAAAGAUCAGUUCAAAUGCGAUUAUAUUCCAUGCAUAAAAGAGAAUUUGUUAUGGUAUUCAUUGCUUUUUUUGCAUGUUUUGGAUUAGCUGUAUUUAUUGGACUUGCAGGUCCUCCUAUUACUUCUAUGAGUGAACAGAAAGCUCAUGUAAAUAAUAGCGAAGUUGCUACUGGUCCUUUUAUUAUGAAAACACCUUUAUUAUCUACAUAUAGUCAACAAUUAUGGGUUAUUGCAAAAUUAUUAACAUCUAAUAAUGAUGAUGAAAGAUAUGACAAAAGUUUUCAAAUAAGCAUCUCAAUAGAUGGUAUUACUGAUCAUAAACUUAUACCUGUUCUUUCUUCAGAAACUGGUCAUAAUAGAACCAGACACUUAAAGUGUGAAAGACAAACAUGUGAAGAACUGGUAGUUGCUCAUCUUGGAUUUCUUGAUUAUAGUUAUUAUAUUAUUACUGUUCGUUUUCAUGGACUUGAGAGCUUCCAUCAACGUUAUAACAUAUGCGAUCUCACAUUCUACUUUAAAAAUUAUAAUCCAGCAUUUACGGAGUUCGAGAUUUGGUUUCGAUUUAUCUUUUUGUUAACUGCAUUUGGAGUUAUGUGUUGGUUUGGACAUUCUUUACGAAAAUAUCCAUUACAUGAUUGGUCAAUAGAACAAAAAUGGAUUUCUAUACUUCUUCCUUUAUUAAUUUUAUAUAAUAAUCCAUUAUUUCCAAUGACAUUUUUAGUCAAUUCUUGGGUACCUGGUAUGAUAGAUGCAAUUUUACAGACUACAUUUCUUUGUGCAAUUCUCAUGUUUUGGUUAUGUGUUUAUCAUGGUUUAAGACAAAACGAAAGACGUCUUAUCACAUUCUAUUUACCAAAAGUUUUGGUAGUGGGUUUAUUAUGGUGUUCUGCAUUUAUUUUAGCAACAUGGUUGCGUUGCACAGAAUUAGAAGAUCCUACUUAUAAUUAUGUUCUUGAUACAUCAAAUUAUUUUGGUUUCAAAGUAUUUUUCUUCACAGUAGGAGGAUUUUAUAUAGCAUAUCUUCUUCUCUUGAUAUUAAGAGCAUACAGCGAAUUAAGAUCCAUGCCAUACUUUGAUCUUCGUUUACGUUUUUUGACACUACUUGCUGCUGUAGUUUCAUUAGUUUGUGGUUGUGUAACAGCGCGACAAUUUGGAGCUGGUAUAUUUGAAGAUAGCUUUGCCUCUCGUCUCACAACGUAUUAUCGUUCAUCCGCACAAUUUAUGGCUUUAUAUGGUCUUUUGAAUUUUUAUCUUUAUACGAUGGCUUAUGUAUAUGCACCAGCAUAUCAACAAGUAUAUGGCCAACAUUCUUCUAUAACUAAAGACAAUCCUACGUUUUCUAUGAUUAACGAUUCUGAUGAAGAAGUUAUAUAUGGACCAGAUGAAGAUAGUCGACGGCCUUUAACUCAAACAUCUAGAAUUGCGAAUAAUAAUAAUUAAUUAAAUUAAAUUGAUUAUUGUGAAUAAGAAAAAACGUUUUUAAAGGAAAGGACCUAUUAAUGUCAAAGAUUUUCGUAAAUAGUGAUGUUAUAAAAUAAAAUAUAUAAAGGUGAAUAAUUUAUUUUAAACAGGAAUCAUAAAUAAUGAUAUAAUGUAAAAUAAAAUAUACAUAAGUGAAUAAUUGAUUCUAAACGAAACUUAAUAAAAUUCGUUAUUUGCAAA